ACGUAGCAGUCAAGCUGGAAGUGAAGCUGCUUGCAGAAGGCACAGUAGGAACGGUGUAUACAGGUGCUUUAAAAUGUCAGGCUUUGACAACUUCAACACAGACUUCUACCAGACCAGUUACAGCAUCGAUGACCAAGGGCAAGCCACACAUGGCUACAGUAAUUCAGAAGACCCCUACAACAAGCCUUAUGGUCAGUACGACUACUCCCAGCAAGCAGGGUAUGGGAUGGGGUACGCCGCCCCACCCCCGGGCCUGAUGCAACCCCAGCAGCCAUACACAGGACAGAUCUACCAGCCCACACCGGCGUUCACCCCAGCCUCCACACAAUCAGUCUACAGCAGCAGCUUUGAGGAUGAGCCCCCCCUGCUGGAAGAGUUGGGGAUAAACUUUGACCACAUCUGGCAGAAGACCCUGACAGUGCUGCACCCCAUGAAGGCAGCGGACGGGAGCAUCAUGACUGAGACGGACCUGGCCGGACCCAUGGUGUUCUGCCUGGCCUUCGGAGCCACACUGCUGCUGACCGGGAAGAUCCAGUUCGGCUACGUGUACGGCAUCAGUGCCAUUGGCUGCCUGGGGAUGUACUGCCUACUGAACCUGAUGAGCAUGACGGGCGUGUCCUUCGGCUGCGUGGCCAGCGUGCUGGGCUACUGCCUCCUUCCCAUGAUCCUCCUCUCCAGCUUCGGCGUGCUCUUCUCACUGCAAGGCAUGAUGGGAAUUGUCCUCACCGCCGUGAUCAUUGGCUGGUGCAGUUUCUCCGCCUCCAAAAUCUUCAUCUCAGCCCUGGCCAUGGACGGACAGCAGCUGCUGGUGGCGUACCCCUGCGCCCUCCUUUAUGGGGUGUUCGCCCUCAUCUCUGUCUUCUGAACUGACCCCAGCGCAGUGCGAGAAACAACCCCAAAGACUCAGUUAACUGCAGGAGGGGGCCAGCGUCACGCCUGUCCCGAAGCAGGGAGGGCACAGCUGUCCCCCCCUACAUUCCACCCCCGAUGAGAGGGGUCAACGCAAGCGUAACAGGAAGCAAACGUCACCAGUUUCCCCCGAGGACUUCAGGAACGCGACGCAACAUCCGUAGAUGUACUCCGCUGUAUAGCUUGUAUGUUUGUAACUGUACAUAAUUCUUAUUUUUCUGAGUGAUGUGGCCUUCGGUGAUGGUAUGCACAGAUAUCAUGCAAAAAUGGAAAUUAAGCAAGGGAAUUCAAUCUAACUUCUGGAGUUAUUUUCCUGUUCCUUUAGUGACGGAUUUCAGCAAAAACUACAUUUUUACUGCUCAUGGUUGUGACCACAGAACUCAUUGUGUGAGGGAAUUCAAAAGAAUUGAACACGUUUAAAUUUCUCAUUCUAAUAUAACAAUACACCAUAGCGGUUACAUUGAAUGCCCCACUAAGUUAAUUUUAAAUCUUUGUUAAUCACGUGGACAGAAAGCCAAUGUUUAUUUUCCUGUUAACUGUAAAUACUCUUGUUGAUAAUGACAGGCCUCGAUCACAUAUUUGUGUAUUGGUGUGGCCUCGGCAUCUGGAAAUAAGUGACGUUUUUAAAUUGCUGGCAUUGUCAGG